AUUACCUCAUGAAUAAAUAAAUAAGUACAUAAUAUUUUGUAUGAAUAGAGCUAGCUAUUGCAUGCAGAGAAUGAAUUGUUUCAGCCUGCUACUGUUGCUGUUCUGCUCAGCCUACGUUGCAUCAGAGAGUACUCUCCCUGCUAAGAAGUACAGCAUCAAUUUGGAUGUGGAGGCAAGCCAAAGGUGGAAUCAAGUAGCCAUUGAUCAUGCAUCAGCCAUUACAGAGCUCCUGUCCCAAGUUGUGGGCCGUCUUCCUGAAGCUGUUGUCAAGCUUGUGAAUGUAAUGAAUAUCAAUGUCGCUGAUCUCCUUCCAUACCCAUACGGGGUAGAGCUGGCCGGGUUGGCACGGGUUGCGAAUGUGUCUGAAAAAGAUGCUCUCUUGGCGAACAUGAUAUAUGAGCUAACUGCAUACAAUCGAUCCGGUGCCGCUAAAGCUUGUACUAGCAUUGUCACAGAAACAGCCGAUGGAAAUGUUAUACACGCACGGAAUUUUGACUACGGUUUUUCGAGUGUUCUCCGAGAUUUGGUGAUCGAAGUUGACUUCAUGGAGAACGGGAAGGUUGUGUACACUGGGACUACAUUUGCUGGUCUAGUUGGUCUGCCUUCUGCUAUGAAACCAUCUGGUUUCACCAUCUCAAUCGAUGAGAGGAACAGUGGUACUAUUUGGGAGAAUGCUUUUGAAGGUCUUAUUGCUGGCACACACGGUAUUGCUCAUCUUGUUGUUCGAGACCUAGUCGCUAAUCCACUGUAUGAUUUCAAGAUGGCUGUCCAAUCUCUUGCAAGCACUUCGCUCAUUACAAGCAUCUAUGCUAUUAUGAGUGGACCUGGUCAGGGGGUGGUGAUGACACAUGGACGUCCCAGUGUCAUCGAUACGUGGUGGUUGGGUACGAAUAAUACGUGGUUUCUAGUAGAGACGAAUUACGAUCACUGGAAGGCUCCUCCCGCCAUGGAUGAUAGAAGAGAUGUGGCUAUCAAAGGAAUGAUGACUACUGGCAAAGCGAAGAUGUCUGUAUCAACCGUUGUGGAUGUUUUAUCGAUUCCUCCUGUUUUGAAUCCAGGAACUAUCUUUACUAAUGUAAUGUCUGUUAUGCCUGAGCAUUACGAGUCCUGGGUGCGAGUGCCAUAGUACGGUGGACUGAAUACAAUUGAAAGCGUACUGUUGUUAUUUUUGUAACAUGUACGUGUUAUUGUUGUUUUAGCUGUACAAAUGAUUGUUGUUUUAGCUGUACAAAUGAUUAUAAUUAUGAUGCCAUUAGAGGCAAGUGA